GCUCAUGAUGCAAGCUUGACAUUAACACUUCCCACCAGCAAAAUGCUAACAUGUUCUUGAUGUGGCUGGUUUAAAAAAAAAAUCAUGCUCACAAGGAUGCAUUGAUUCUGCAAAUCUUUUGAGACAAUAAAGUCAUAGUGUGACAUGUUUUCAUACAUGUACAGUUCGUGCACAAACACACAUGUGGUCCAAAAAGCUCAUGCCCUUCCAGUUCUGGAUAACAGUGAAUGCUUAAACCACUUAAGCUAUUCAUAUUGAUCUCAAGUGGGUGUGUUGUAACUGGAUGGAGUUAUUGAUCUAGAGUAGAGAUCCUCAGGGUAAUUCUUUUGGAUGACAACAAACACCUAUUUCAAAGUGCUGUAAGGCCCUGGGGUGGUAUAGGUCAUUGUUCUUACAGGAGCAAAAAAACCAGAAAGUCCAAGAAAACUACAGUGCUGCUGCACUUGAAUACACUUGUGCACAUAUAGGCUACUUUGCCAACUUGCACAAAAGGCCAUAGGAUCAUUGCAUCAGAUAGGGAUGGGUCCAGCGCCAAGCAGACCCACGGGGGAGCCGGGCCUUUCUCUUUCAGCCAACUCAACACUUUCUUGCCAAUAAUCUAUGUAAUACAUGCAGCAUUGUUCAGCUAUAGCCUAUUUUUGGCGUUCACCCACUAGAAGCACCUGCAGCAGCAGAGGUUUGAUCCAAGAGAAUGGAUGGAUUUUUCAAUACCAGUCUUGCUUAAGCCUACGGGCUGCUUGUUGUUGCCUGGCUUUCUUAGCCUUCAUGUCCUGCAUGUCUGAAUCUGCAUCAGCAUCUCAGCCCCAUAUUUUUUUCUUCUUCAUUUAAUCAAAUUGAAUUCUUAGAGAAUAUCAUAAGCUCAAUCUACUCAACGUUCGUGCAGCAGAGUUCAGUCUCCAUGAAUAAAUGAUGAUGCCUGCCUGUGAGAUAGGCUGGGAGGCACUGCAUCUGUCUGUGCACACAAAUGGUCUCUGUGCAGCUCAGAGCGCACCGAUUACCAUUCCGAGCACAACACCUCUGGUCAGAAAUGGAGCCGGGUCGGUGGUUGACAGUAGUCCGGGGGCAGUAAGGAGGGGAAGGGGAAGGGGAGGGGAUAUAUUACGGCAGCAACCCUUCAGUCAAUCUGGAUUAACUCACACUGAACCCUGCGUCGCCAGCGAAAGCCCGUGAAAGCGAUACGAACAUCUGGCCGGAUUGAGCACAGUAGCGGCAGCAGCAGCGGAAACAGCAGUCGCUCACAGCGCUGCUGUAGAUGUUAAAGCUGCCCGUCGCUACAAAGCUACAGAGGCGUUUUCUCUUCUGGAGCUGCAUCCAGGCGGAUGCGCAGUAGAGACGAUCCCUAUACAGCUGCAGCUUCAGAGCCACGCCGGGACCCUUCAGCUUGUGUGUGGGUUUUUUCCUGUUUGUUUGGGGGGUUGCCUGUUGUCUAGUCCUUUUUUUCGAUAGGGGGAAUUAGAGUAACAUUUUACCGCUCACACAGGAUCGCAAAGGAGCCGUCCUUUAUCUGCUGGUUAUGGAUUUCUUGAAGGGCAUCGCUGGUUUCGCAGGCCGUCACAUGCUGUAGGAACCAAGACGCGUGUUUCGGGACACCUGAAUUAUCUCCAGGCAGCACAUUUCUUUUUUAAGGCACGCCACUCUCGGUAUGCCGCCAGCCCCCUUGGGAGGAAAUAAGCUCAAACCCACCCUCCUGUGACUUGGCUCCAUGUUUCAGCUACAAGGCGCAUCAACCUGAUGACAAGCCAAAUGGAGUCUCUCCUGGUGUAUCUGAUCAUCCUCGGUGUGGCUGUGAAGGCCCACAAAGUUCAAAUCUGUCCCAAACGCUGCGUCUGCCAGGUGCUUAACCCUAAUUUGGCCACACUGUGUGACAAAAAGGGGCUUCUGUUUGUGCCCCCUAACAUUGACAGGCACACGGUGGAGAUGCGUCUUGGGGAUAACUUUGUAACCAGCAUCAAACGCAAAGACUUUGCAAACAUGACCAAGCUGGUGGAUCUGACUCUGUCUCGGAACACUAUUGGCUCCAUCGCGCCUCACGCGUUCAGAGAUCUGGAGAACCUACGAGCUCUUCACCUCGACAGCAACCGGCUUACCCGCAUCAACAACGACACCUUCAGCGGCAUGUCCAAGCUGCACCACCUCAUCCUCAACAACAACCAGCUCACCCACAUCCAAAGCGGGGCCUUUAAUGACCUGACAGCACUGGAGGAGCUGGACCUGUCUUACAACAACUUGGAAAGCGCCCCCUGGGUGGCCAUUCAGAGGAUGUCCAAUCUCCAUACGCUCAAUUUGGAUCACAACAUGCUCAGCUACAUCCCAGAGGGCACCUUCUCUGGGUUGCAGAAGCUUAAGCGAUUGGAUGUGACCUCCAACAAGCUCCAGAAGCUUCCUCCUGAUCCUAUUUUCCAGAGAGCUGGGGUCCUGGCAACAUCUGGGAAAAUGGGGCCUACAUCGUUCGCACUGAGCUUUGGGGGCAACCCACUGAGGUGUAACUGUGAGCUUCUUUGGCUGCGGAGGUUGCAGAGGGAGGAUGAUCUGGAGACCUGUGCUUCACCGCAACACCUCGCCGGACGCUAUUUCUGGACUGUUUCGGAAGAGGAGUUCCUGUGCGAGCCUCCUCUCAUCACCAGGUACUCUCAGGAGCUGCGAGCUUUGGAGGGUCAGAGUGUGACUCUGCGCUGCAAGGCUAGGGGCGACCCUGACCCCAUUAUCCACUGGAUUGCACCUGAUGGACGCCUUAUGUCCAACUCCUCCAGGGCUGUAGUCCACACCGACGGCACGCUGGACAUCCUAAUCAGCACUGUCAAGGACUCCGGUUCCUUUACCUGUGUGGCUUCCAACCCAGCCGGAGAGGCCCACAGUGCAGUAAAGCUGGUCAUUACCAAACUCCCUCACAUCACCAAUAACACAGUCGAGGAGCAGGAGCGUGACCCCGGCUCAUCAGAUAUCGCCACAGUGACCAAGACGGGCGCAGAGGCAGGAGGGGUGCCUCUGGGGAAUGCAAAGACGAGCCAGGAGAAGAAAGUAGUAAUUGCUGAGGCCACCUCGACCUCAGCUCUGGUCAGGUUCAACUUCCACAGGAGUAUUCCUGGAAUCCGCAUGUUUCAGAUCCAAUAUAAUGGGACGUACGAUGAUUCAUUGGUAUACAGGAUGAUACCCCCGACCAGUAAGAGCAUCUUAGUAAACAACCUGGCGGCUGGUACGCACUACGACUUGUGCGUGUUGGCCAUCUAUGACGACCAGGUGACCUCGCUGACCGCCACCAGGGUGAUUGGUUGCAUCCACUUUACCACUGAGCCGCAGUACCUGAGAUGCCAUUUCAUGCAGUCCCAGUUUCUCGGUGGUACCAUUGUGGUUAUCAUCGGAGGGAUUAUCGUGGCGUCUGUGCUCGCUUUUAUCAUCUUCCUCAUUGUGCGUUAUCGGGUGUGUAACCAAGGGGAUACUGAUAAGGCGCUAGAGAUGGGGGAUAUUAGGUCACUGAGCAGUGAUGGACAGCUACAGGGCUGUGGGAUUCCCAAGUCCCUCUCUAAGCAGGUUCUGCGGCCAGAGAAGAAUGACAAGGACUGCCUCCGUGUCGCCCUGCCUGCCCCGGAGCCAGCCAAGCAGCGACCGCCUGUCGUGGUGGCAUCCACGAAACCGUCUGUCCCUGACUGCACGGUCUCUACCUCAGCUGGAAGUCACAGCUGGCACCCAGCCUCCCCGGGCACUCCGAGACCCAAGCAUUCGACCGCUCCGACAAAACCCUCUGAGGCUCGCCGAGCCGAAGCAGAUGUCGAGCUCGACAACAUGAACCGGAAUAACUCGUCGGAAGUGAAAACGGCCCAAGCCAUCACUCUCGCUGUACCGGGCCAGCCCACCAAGUUGACUGCCAUCCCCAGGGCUCCGCGGCCCCAUCAAGUUGCUCGACAAUACAUGACUGUUCCCGCAGGAGGGGCGAGGGUGAACCGCAGGCACUCGUUCAACGCAGAGUCGUACGCGGAGCGCUGCUACGUGGCCUACCCAAAAACCGGGGCCAGCCUGCGCUCCAAACGCAGCCUGUCAAUGAGCGGAGAGCUGCCGCAGCUCGAGAGCACAACAAACAUUCGCCGGGCCAGGGACAAGCUCUCGAGGUCUGAGUGGCUUCUGGAGAGCACUUUAUGAUUUUGAAGUUUUGCUACCUGCGCUCUCUUGGAUUGCUGGAUUGGAUUUGUGGCCCGUGGUGAGCAGACAGGAUUUUAUGCCAUGGGGUUUUUUUGUUUUGUUUUUUGUGUUGUUGUUUUGGAGCUUUUGUGCUCUUUGUUGAAGGACCUGUAGGCUUCUCUCGUAUAUCUGGGAGAAGGCAGGCGACACAGGGUUUACGGGAAAAGUUUCACAUUUGUUUUCUACCUUAUAACCUAUCAAAGUCUUCUUUAUAACAGAGUUUGAUCAAACUUUGAUGAAAGGCACAACAAUGUAUAAAUCAAACUUCAUGUACAAAACAAAACAAAACAUGUUUUAGUUGUGUGAGAUACUAUAUAUCUCAGUACAACCGUAAGUGUUCAUGUGGUAUCGAAUGCAGUAGCCUGGACAAUACUGUAUUAUAACAGAAGCAUCGCACAGGGGAUGGGGUUAUUAUACUUAACAAUCUCAUUGCCUGUUACUUAAAGUGAUACAAUCUCUGUAGACUACACGAUUCUUGUCUCCAGCUCUGCAGACAGUGACAUGUCUUAAUUACUUUGGAUGUGGUUUUGGAGAGAUUACGAAUGUGCGUUACAUCCCAGAGGUGUAGGAAAAGAAUGUAGUAGACUGACAGCCCUCUAUCUUUUCAUCCCCACCCAGCCCACCCCCAGACACAGCACAAUGCAGCAU